CUCUUUCAGCUUCGGUGGUGUCGUGAAGGGUUCUUCUGUCAGGCUGCGGCAUAAAAAGCGGCGUCACCAUGGGAGAAAAAGUGAACAAUUUCCCUCCCCUGCCUCGCUUCAUCCCCCUGAAGCCGUGCUUCUACCAGGAUUUCGACGAGGAGAUCCCUCCCCAGCACCGGACCAUGGCCAAACGCCUCUACUACCUCUGGAUGUUGAACAGCAUCACCUUGGCGGUGAAUCUGAUUGGCUGCCUCGCAUGGAUGAUUGGCGGCGGCGGAGCGACUAACUUUGGACUGGCUAUUCUCUGGCUCCUCCUCUUUACGCCCUGCUCUUAUGUCUGCUGGUUCAGACCCAUUUACAAAGCCUUCAAGACAGACAGCUCCUUCAGCUUCAUGGCGUUCUUCUUCACGUUCAUGGCCCAGCUGGUGAUCAGCAUCAUCCAAGCGGUUGGGAUCCCCGGCUGGGGGGUCUGCGGCUGGAUUGCGGCCAUCUCUUUCUUCGGCAGCAACGUGGGAUCGGCAGUCGUGAUGCUCAUCCCCACCAUCCUGUUCACAGCCAUGUCCGUUUUCUCCUUCAUCGCCCUCAGCAUGGUGCAUAAAUUCUACCGGGGAAGCGGCGGGAGCUUCAGCAAAGCACAAGAGGAGUGGACAACAGGGGCGUGGAAGAACCCGCACGUCCAACAGGCUGCGCAGAACGUGGCCGUCGGCGCCGCCCAGGGAGCCAUGAUGCCGCACGAGACGCAAUAUUCGGCCACCCCCAACUAUAACUACCCCAAUGAGAUGUGA